AUGAAUGUUAUGCAAUUAGCGAAAAAGUUUCCCCAGUUUUCACAACAAGAAAUUUUCGAUCUUACAGCACAAUUCAAUAAAAUAGAUAUUGACGGAAACGGUGCACUUGAACAGAAAGAGGUUGUUAAAGCUUUACAAGAAUCGGGAGAGAAUAAAUCCUAUGAUGAGAUUCGUGCGACAUUAAAAGAAAUCGACUUGAGUUCUACGGGCAAAGUCGAAAUAGAAGAGUUUGUGGAGCUUAUAGCAAAGCUUAGGGAAGGACGACACAAGAAAGCUUUUGUAGUCAAUAAGCAUAAAAUUACUGUUCAUGGCUCUAGUACAAAUAUUUCUCACACUAUUAACGAAGAUGAAAGGACUGAAUUCACAAGGCACAUAAAUCAAGCAUUGACCGGUGACUCUAUUGUCAAGGAUAAAAUUCCAGUUGAUACGAAUACCAUGCAACUGUUUGAUGAAUGCAAAGACGGUUUAAUCCUUGCAAAAUUAAUCAAUGAUUCUGUACCGGAUACAAUCGACGAGAGAGUUCUCAAUGUCCCAGUUCGAGGAAAGACGAUCAAUAAGUUUCAAAUGACCGAAAAUAACAACCUUGUCAUUUUCUCUGCAAAAGGGAUUGGUUGCAACGUUGUUAACAUUGGAUCGGCAGACUUAAUUGAAGGCCGAGAACAUUUGAUCCUUGGUCUAAUUUGGCAAAUUAUUAAAAUUGGAUUGUUAAACAAAAUUGACAUUAAACUACAUCCAGAGUUGUAUCGUCUUCUUGAAGAAGAUGAAACACUUGAGCAGUUUUUGAAGUUGCCACCCGACCAAAUUUUACUGAGAUGGUUUAAUUAUCAUCUAAAGGCAGCCAAGUGGAAUCGCAGAGUCGCGAAUUUCAGCAAAGAUGUUUGCGAUGGUGAAAAUUAUACUGUUCUUCUUAACCAGCUUUCUCCUGAACUCUGUUCACGCGAUCCAUUAAAAGAACUCGACCUCCUCGAACGUGCCGAAAAGGUUCUCCAAAAUGCUGAGAAAUUAGGUUGUCGCAAAUAUUUGACUCCGAAGGCGCUUGUUGGAGGGAAUCCAAAAUUAAAUUUGGCAUUUGUCGCUCAUCUGUUCAAUACACAUCCGUGUCUUGAACCACUUGACGAAGAAGAAAAAGCUGAACUCGAAGAAUUCGAUGAUUCCGAUGAUAGGGAAGCAAGAGUGUUCACUUUAUGGUUGAAUAGCUUGGACGUUACACCUGCUGUCAAUAGUUUGUAUGAGGAUUUGAAGGAUGGUCAAAUUCUUCUACAAGCUUUCGAAAAAAUCAAGCCUGGUAUAGUAGACUGGAAAAAAGUAAACAGGUCUGCAAACCUAUCAAGAUUUAAGCAAGUGGAAAAUACGAAUUACGCCAUUUUGUUAGGAAAACAGUUGCGAUUUACGCUUGUUAACAUUCAAGGUGCUGAUAUUUGUGAUGGCACAAAGACCUUGACUCUUGGACUUGUAUGGCAAAUGAUGCGUAUGAAUAUAAUUAAGACACUUACGAGUUUGUCUAAGGGAGGCCGUGAAGUUAACGAUGAUGAUUUAAUAAGAUGGGCAAAUGACACAGUGAGUCGUGGUGGUAAAUCAACAAAGAUGAGAAACUUUAAAGACCCAUCUUUGAGGAAUGGUAUAUUUCUUAUCGAUUUGCUAAACGGAAUUAGACCUGGCGUAGUGGAUUAUAGUCUAGUAACAAAGGGAAUAUCAGAUGAUGAUGCUACGCUCAAUGCACGGUAUGCGAUAUCCAUUGCUCGAAAAAUUGGUGCAACCAUUUUUCUAUUACCAGAAGAUAUAGUUGAAGUUCGGCCUCGAUUGAUCCUGACUUUCAUUGGGAGUUUAAUGGCGUUGGACAAAGCAGCUAAUCGAUAG